CGGAGUCCUGGGAAAGUCCUGCCGCGCCUCGGGCAAUUAUAAAAAUGUGGCUAAGCGGGUCAGCCUCCCAGACACCGCCCUCACCUGCUGUGGCCACAGGUCCGCAUCCAGCUGCCCGCUCGGUGUCCGCGCAGCGCCGGCUCAGCAUGUGUCCUCCGCGCGACCUCCUUCUUGUGGCCACCCUAGUCCUCCUGGACCACCUCAGCUUGGCCAGGAACCUCCCCACGACCACACCAGGCCCAGGAAUGUUCCAGUGCCUUCAGCAUUCCCAAAACCUGCUGAGAGCUGUCAGCACCACGCUUCAGAAGGCCAGACAAACCCUAGAAUUUUACUCCUGCACUUCUGAAGAGAUUGAUCAUGAAGAUAUCACAAAAGAUAAAACCAGCACAGUGAGGGCCUGUUUACCACUAGAAUUAACCAAGAAUGAGAGUUGCCUGCCUUCCAGAGAGAUCUCUUUCACAACUAGUGGGAGUUGCCUGACCUCCAGAGAGACCUCUUUUAUGAUGACCCAGUGCCUCAGUAGUAUCUAUGAGGACUUGAAGAUGUACCAGGUGGAGUUCAAGGCCAUGAAUGCAAAGCUUUUGAUGGAUCCUAAGAGGCAGAUCUUUCUAGAUCAAAACAUGCUGGCAGUUAUUGAUGAGCUCAUGAAGGCCCUGAAUUUCAACAGUGAGACUGUGCCACAAAAAUCCUCCCUUGAAGAACUGGAUUUUUAUAAAACUAAAAUCAAGCUCUGCAUACUUCUUCAUGCUUUCAGAAUUCGUGCGGUGACUAUUGAUAGAGUGAUGAGCUAUCUGAAUUCUUCCUAAAA